UUCCACUCCAUCGCUGCAUCCGCCAUUUUGACUAAUCACGUGAUUCUCGUCAUGUGAUCAUUCGAACGUAACACAAGACGACUCGCAGCUGUUCGCAACAACUCACAACACAGCUUCAAGUUACGUGCAGUUUUGCGCUUUUCCGCAUGUCGUCGCGGUAAGUUGACAUCUCUGGAUUAUUCCUUGGACGUUUCCGUUUGUAUAAGUUAUAUUUUGACAACGAAACAUGUGAUACGGGAACGAAAACAUAAAAAUUCUCACUAUACAUGACUUCUCGUUCGAUUGAAUGCCCAUAUUUAAUUCGAACUCCACAAGGUUAAAGAAUUAAUCGCGUAUUAUUAUCGUAAUUUGUUGAGUACAAGUUGAAAUACUUAAGUCGUGUUGGUCAUGAGCAAACAAGUAAACAAACAAGUAAACAAACAAACAAACAAACAAAGAGGCGCAUUUUCUUUUUAAUAUCUGAUUGAUGGUGUAUUAUUUGGGAAGGGAAAUCUCAGUUCAUAAACGACAUUUGUCUCAUUGUCAGAUGGCGUCAAGGAGGAAAAAAUAUAACCAGGAAGACAUGGAUAGAGCUCUACAAGCAUUGGAAGAGACAGACGAAAACACACUCAAUAAUACAGCAAAGGAAUAUGGUAUUCCUCAAUCAACACUGCAUGACAGAGUAACGGGCAAAUCGAAAGAAAGGAUGGGCAGACCCUCCAUCCUCUCACCAGAGGAGGAGGGGGCCCUCGUGGUCUAUGCCAAGUAUCUGGCAGAGAAGGGGUUUCCCCCUACAGUCAGGGUGAUCAAAGCCCUUGCUUUUGAAGUGGAGAAGAAACGUGCCAAAGGAAGGGGAGAAGAACCUCGCUUCAAGGACUCCGGCCCCGGGAAGAGAUGGUGGAAGGGAUUUAAAGGCCGCCAUCCCGACCUCAGCUUAAGGUCACCAGAUCAACUCGACAAGGAAAGAGCGGCCUUUUCCACAGCCGGCGUAGUCUUUGAACACUUCGAACGACUGGAGCAAAUUCUGACGGAUGCAAAAGCCAAGGACAAAAGACCGCAUGUUAUCUACAAUGCAGACGAAACUGGCAUGGAUUUGUCGGCUAAAGUGUCCAAGGUCAUUGUUCCCAAGGGCUGGAAGAGAUCUCCGUCACGACGAGUCGGUGGCCGUGACCAUGUGUCGGCACUUGUGUGCAUCUCAGCGGCAGGGCAGACAGUGCCACCCAUGAUCAUAUAUAAUAAAGCGUUUCCGGGGGGGAAAUACACUGAGGGCGGACCUGCUAAGUCCGUUGAUUCAAACUCUCAUCCCACCGGAACUGCAUGA